GAUUGAUAUAUAAACCAAGUAUGCCUGAAAUAAACGAUCUGGUCUGAUCUGCUCUGAUUCGGAAGCUGGUAUUUUGUUCUGGACUCAAGUGGAAGGGCUCGUAGGACAUAGGACCAAUAAGGACGCUAGACUGCCCACACCGGUUGAACGUCAUUGGUUGGCCUAGUGUGAAGAUUCGUAUAAGUCGUAUUCGGAUUGGUAGAUAAAUCGCGUGAUAAGAAAGUCAGACACCCAAGGUCAUAACAAUUGGCGACGGGGAUUUUGGCAACAAAGAAAUAAUAAUACGACAAGUGGUGACUCAGAUUUUGGAAAUAAAUUAGCUGUAUAAUUGCCGGUGAUUUUUGGAGCUAAUAUUAUUGGCAAAAAAAAUGUCGAUUUCUUUCGAAGAGUUGCGGUUAAUAUUACAGCACCAGCAGAAGAUGUUGGCCUUCCAACAACAGCUAUUUGAAACAGUUUUGGGCAGACUUUUCACUCAGCCAGAAAAUAAGGAAUCUAUUGAUGAUGCAGAUAAUGGUGCAGUAAUGGACAUUUCAGAAGCAUAUCCUGUGCAGCAUUCAAAUCCCUCUAUACCAGAAGGGAAACGUAAUAUUGGUAACGUAUCCAGCUCAGAGCAAGAAAAUAUUGUGCUAAAUGCACAUGAAGUUGUGACAAUACCAGAUGAUCAGGAGCCAGAUCCUGUAGAUGAUGCCCAGAGUCCAGAAUCAAAUGAAACACUACCGGUACUGUCUAGCUGCGAAAAUAAACGUCAGCUCGAACAAAAUUGUGGUCCACGUGCUACUAGUCGAGAAAGCUAUGGUGACUCGUAUUCAGAAAAUAACUGGAGCAACACGAUGAACCAAAUUGCACCAGAUGUUACUCAAAAUCACCGGAAGACAGAAUUUUAUAUUGAGUCAACUUAUUCCAUUUCUAAUGACAGUGUACCAGAUAUUGAUUCUCAGAAUAAUGCAUAUGAUUUUGAUGAAACUUCUUAUAACAAUGAGGGAAAUAUGUCAGCUGAGUCGAAUGAUGGUCAAAAAUCUAAUUUAAUU